AUGGCAAAAGAUGAAGACAUUCUGAAGGAAAUGUCAUCGUCCAACUCUCCAUGUGCGGCGUGCAAGUUUCUCCGGCGAAAGUGCACCCAAGAGUGUGUAUUUGCUCCCUAUUUCCCACCGGACCAGCCUCAGAAAUUCGCCAACGUCCACAAGGUCUUCGGCGCAAGCAACGUCGCAAAACUCUUAAACGAACUCAACGCCGCCCAACGCGACGACGCCGUGAAUUCCCUUGCAUACGAAGCCGAAGCUCGCCUCCGAGACCCAGUUUAUGGCUGCGUAGGACUCAUCUCGAUCCUUCAACACCGUCUCAAGCAAGUCCAACACGAUUUGUAUAACGCUAAGAAAGAAUUGGCUAAUUAUAUUGGCCCAUCGGCGAUGUUGCCCAUCCUUCAACAUCCUGGGUUUAUUCAACAACACCCCAACAUUCCGGCAACUUCGGUGAUGCCCUAUAAUAUGCAACCCAUGUUGGGGUUACAGGCUGGUCCGUCUCACGGGACUCAAUUGAUGAUCCGUGAGCCUCAGCCGUUGCAUCACCAGCAACAAAUGCUGGAGGCUCAACAGCUGGCGGCGGUGGUGGCGGCGAGAGAACAACUGGAGAUGAUGAGGACUUAUGAGCAGCAGCAGCAACAACAACCACUACCCCAGGCAACAUGA